GUAAGUGUCGUUUACGGUUUUCGACGUUGGUUUAUCUUGCAAGUACUUUUAUCACGUCUUAACUAUACGUAAACAUUCGACCGUGAUGGAUUACAUGAGUGUGCACGAGCUAGCUUCUGAGGGCUUUGCCUCGUCGUGGCGUGUUUUCGGCUUGUCCAGUUGGGUAGAUGGCAAUACUGGUACUGGUGGUGGAGUAUGCACUGUUUGAGUGGCUUCUUGGCUGUUCUUAGCAGCCUUUUGCGCCUUUUCUAACGCCGCCAGCUGGCUUUGCAGGGAACUUCCCGCUUGCUCUGCGGCUUGCUUGGCUGCCAACGUCUCAAUCACGUCUUCGGCGAUGCCUUGUUUACGGGCUUCUCGCUUGUUUUGCUGUAGAAGGAUGGCGUUGCGCACAGGAUCGUCGUUCUUGAAGUUGACUACUCCCGGUAUAUAUAUGUAUGUGGAUCAGAAGAAGUCGUCAGCGAGCAGGAAUCAUCAUCAUACCCAUGGCCGGCGCCGCGUCGGCAUGGACGGCGACGGUGGACACGACUUCAAAGUCUGGCGGAACGUCCCACCGGUCUUCGCCGGUGUCGUUGUUGUGGUAAUACGUGCGACCACGCUUCGAUACGAGCUCGAUCCAUCGUCGCUUGGUGGUCGUCUUGGGCGCGGCGGCUGCGGACGUGGUGGUCGCAGAGAGCACGUGCGAUGGGAGCUUGGCCUUGCACACAGUGCAUGAGACGACGUCGCUUUCGCCCGCAAGCACGACAAGGUCUUGCUUUGGGAUGUUCACCUUGCAUGAAGGACACUUGACGAACCGGUCCAUGUCGAUGCCGC